AUGCCGUCGCAUUACGAUCCCAGCCUGCAACGCCGCACCUCUUCCACCUCGCAUCCAUCCAUCUCGCCAUCCUCGGCCACCAGCGACGCUCCCUCCCACCAGCAGCAGCAGCAGCAGCCACGCCACCACCAUGAGGCUCAGCCGCCUCUUCACAGGCAGUCGUCGUCCGGCACCUCCGCUCCCCUCUCCCAGUCAUCCAAGCUCGAUGGCGUCCUCUAUCACUUUUACACCACCACCGCAAACCUCGUGAUCCAGGCGCGUCUCGCACACCUUCGUCCCUUUCUGCUCACGCCGGCCUACGAUCCGCUCAAUCCAGACAACAACAAGCCACCUUCCACUCCCACUGCUCCAUCCCAGCCCAAGCUCUCCAGAUGGUUCGGCCUGCACAUCCCCGACACCGAUGUCUUCAAGGACGAACUGCGUCUCUGGCGCUCCGUCACUUCCUUGCUUGCCAUGUCCACCACGGGCGCCAACACUGCCGUCCCCGACCUCAUCAUCGACGUCAUGCUCGACCUCUCCAACGUGCCGCAUACCCACCAAGUGCUGCUCCUCACCGACACGCGCUCCUCAGCGAGGCUCUGCAUCGAUGGUCGUGCGCCAGGUCAACCUGCCACCCAGCCGCGUCCUGCCUCGCGUCCACAGCGCAUCGUGCUCGAGAGAUGGCGCUUGCGCUUCGACUCGCACCCGCCCCAAUCGCCGCCGGACCUCUCCACCUUCUACAAGAGGUCCGUCGUCCACUUCCGUGCCCUCUUCACCUUGCUCUGCAUCUUGCCCGCAAAUCGACUCUGUGCAAGGAUAGAGGCGCUCAAGGCGGCGCCACAACAGUCCGCCAAGGGCUUCCCCUCAAUAGCCGCACGUGCAGAUCAGGGCGCAUACGACGCACACAUGACCAUCGGUUGUCGUCUUAGCAUGUCCGAUAUGGACGCCGACUCGGACCCGGCCGAUGCUGCCAAUUCGUCGCAGGAAGUAGCCGCAACCGAUGCCCUUCCAGCAGAGCAGGCUCACGUCAUCCCGGACAUUGAAUCGCAAGAGGACCAACCCGACAUCCGCCUCGAGUCGCACGGCCACUACGCAUCCCGCACCUUUGCACCCCUCGCCACGCCUCUCGGCCAUCUCACCCUUUCCGUUGCCUAUCGCAAGCUGACCGGCUUCUCGGUCGAAGACGCCGAAAGUCUGCGCUCCGCAAACAACAUCAAGGUCGACGUAGACGAGGACUACUUCAAGCCCGUUGCCGGCGCUUCACCGCCGUCUUCUUCCCGAACUGCGACCACUUAUAGCGGCACAGACCGCCCCGUGGCGGCUGCUCCGCAGCCCAUUGGUGGCAUCUCGGCAGCACGGCCGGCCAAUCUGGCCGCUCAGCGACAUCCAUCAGAAACAACAUCCGACACGUCUCGCUCGCCGCAUGCGCACGCCACCGAGGUCAGCCCCGCCUCCCAGUCCCCGGCCAACGCGAGCGUCUUUGGCACCAGCGCAACCGCCCGCAACACCGCCGGUCUCUCGAGCCUCCGCCGCACCGGCUCCACUUCCAACAAGGCAUCGCUGCCCCUAAUAGGCUCAGCUCACCCUCAAGCCGCGCCAUCCAGUCCUGCUUUGGCAGCCGCGCUCGGCGCAGAGCCCGCCUUUGUCGUCCCCAGCUCAGCUCGCCGCGCCAGUAUCAGCGAGCGCCGCCUACGCACGCUCAGCGGCAUCUCGAGCGGUCAGCCUAGCCUGUCCAGCUCACCUGCCAUGGCUACCGUCGAUCUUCCAGAACCGGGUUCCAGCCUUACCAGGACCGCAUCCGCCGCACAGCUCAGCGGCACCUCGAGUCGUUCGGUCUCGGGCAGAAUGGCGAGCGACUUUGUUGCACCUUCGGCUGGGCUGAGUGCAGCGUCGGGCGCGCAGUCCCGCCCAGGCGUCUCGUUCAGUCCGUCUUCGUCCUCGCCCCUCGCGCAGCAGAUGUCCAUGCACGCCAACCGAGCCACGAGCGGCGCACCGGCUCUGGGCACCUCGCCCUCCACUUCGUCCUUCCGCAGCGUCUCGGGCUCGGCUCUGCGCUCGUCCGUCGCAGCCACCGGUGCGCGCGCGGCUCCCAGCCUGCGAAGCGUGUUUCAGAGCUACGUGCCGCGCUCGCAGAACUCGUCGUCGGUGCUCGUGUCCAGGACGCCACCCACGGCCGGCAGCGCGUUCGUGCAAACCAGCUAUUCGCCCUCCAACCUCGGCACGGGCUUGCGCUCGAGUAUUAGGAGAAACUCCAGCACCAGCGAUGCCGGCUCCGGCUCCGCUUUUGGCGCCAGCUCGUCCUCGGCCGCCAAGCCGCAGAUGAUCAAGCGCUACAGCACCAAUUUCUCGUACCGUCAGAACCGAGAGCGCUUCGGCGUUUAUGGCAGCAGCCUCGGCUCCGAAGGCUCCGGCUCCGUCGGUGCCGGCGGCGAGCCCUCGAGCUAUCCGCGCUUCGGCGGCGCGGGCGGAAGCCUCAGUUCGGCGUAUGGCCGCAGCUGGGUGUCGCGCAUGGAGCAGCGUCAAGGUCUGGGUACGGGCGGUGCAUUCGCGCGCACCUCGAGUCUCGACGACGCCACCGCCGCAGCCACCGCGUCGGCUGCAUCGCGGUAUCGGCCACUGUCCACAGCCGACGCGACGCACCUGGGCAACUUGACGCCCAGUCCGAGGAGCCACGACGAGGACAUGGACGAUCUCGUGCGUCUGCUCGACACCAAGCCCGCGUUCGGCACGUCGUCCAUGGGCAAGCUCGCGAGCCUGCGCAACGAGCGUCGCAACGCUCCGGGCCUCAGCAGCACACCCGAGGAAGGCACGAGCGUGCGACCAGGGCAGGCACUGAAUGACUCGGUUCGGUCCAUCCCAGGCCACGACCGAGCCGGAUCGCUCUCGGGCAGCGGCCUCCGAUCAGGCGGCGGCAUCCGCACCGCCAACCCCAUGUCGCGCAGCCAGCUCGACGAUCUGCUCAGCCGCAUGGCCGAGUCGGUCGGCAUCCUCAGCGCCAAGGAUCAGGAUUCGGGCGCAAGCGGCGAGGCGUCGUCCGAAGCCGCGAUGUCGGACGAGGUCCGACUGCGCACCAACGCAUCGCCGGCAGCUGUGCCAGCCACAGAAUAUGCGGCUCAGGCCGCAGUUCGGCCUAGUGCUGCUCCUGUGGUCCCUACCACUGGCAGCGUCAGAGGCUACAGUGCCAACGAGGCUGAGCGGCAUUCAGAGCUGCCUACGAGCCGCGUUUCUGCGCCUGGGACGCUGGCACGUGCGCCGCUGGGAGACGGAUUCGCGUCUCGAACGCGCGGCAAAGCACACCAGGUGCGCGCCUACAGCACCGCAGCGAGCAGCGCUGCGCCGGACGACGCGCGAGGCGAUGCGCUGCGCGAGGGCGUGGCGCAUGAAGGCGGUGUGCAUGCUGGUCCUGGCAGUGCGUCGCCGCGCACGGGACCGCCCGAGUACGAGGCGGAGGGCGAUCUGAUGUUUGGCGUGGACGGCCAGCCCGAGUACGCACCGGAGGACGAGCUGGCGGGCGAGAUGGAGAUGGCGACGGCGGUGCAGCCGGCGUAUGCGCGGACCGCGGACGCGGGCACCUCUGGGUUUGGCGGCGUCGAGGGCGGGAUGGGCGCCACGCUGCCCGUGGGCGCGCACCGCGAAGGGCGUGCACUCGAGCGCGUGCGCAGCGGGCCCAUGAACGACUGGCAGGUGGCUGAAAAGUGGCAGCGCGAGCGCGCACAAGAGGCGGAGCGGCGGCGGGCGGACGCCGAGAUGUCGCGCAACUUUGGGCAAGAGGUGGGCGCGAGCACGCGCGGACGCGGAUCGCACAGUCCGUGGCGCGCGACGACGCAUGCCAGCGCGCCUGUAGCGGCGGCGCCGCCUUCGGGUGGGCCGCAGCCGUCGACGUCGCUGGCGAGCACGGGUGCGCUGGGAUUCCGCUCGAGCUCGUCGCGCCCCUUUGCGGCCGCGAGCCGGCUGGUGGGGAUUGGCGGCACGUAUGGCUCGUCGGUGGCACCAGCGCCCGGCGGGCAGACCGAUGCACGCAGGGGCUAUGGAGUCUCGGCGCCGUCGACGCAGUUCCACUACCAGCCCGCGCACAGCGCGCCACGGCCCACGCCGAAUUCGUACCCCGUGUCGCGCGACGAGAUGUACGACGACGAUGAGGAGGACGACGAGGAGGAGGAUGGCGUGCGCCGCUGA